GAUGAAGGUGCUGGGACACCGGCUGGAACUGCUGGCAGGGCUCCUGCUGCACGACGUGACCAUGGCCGGGCUGCAGGAGCUGCGCUUCCCGGAGGAGAAGCCGCUGCUGCGGAGCCAGGACGCCGCUGAGCUGGAGAACUCCGACAGCUUCCUCCUGGCGGUGGACACAGACUGGAAGGAACAUGACAUCGAGACGCCUUACGGCCUCCUGCACGUGGUGAUCCGGGGCUCUCCCAAGGGGAACCGCCCGGCCAUCCUCACCUACCAUGAUGUAGGCCUCAACCACAAGCUCUGCUUCAACACCUUCUUCAACUUUGAGGACAUGCAGGAAAUCACCAAGCAUUUCGUGGUGUGCCACGUGGAUGCCCCUGGGCAGCAGGUGGGGGCGUCGCAAUUUCCUCAAGGGUACCAGUUUCCAUCCAUGGAGCAGCUGGCAGCCAUGCUGCCCAGUGUUGUACAGCACUUCGGGUUCAAGUACGUGAUUGGUAUCGGAGUAGGAGCCGGAGCCUAUGUGCUGGCCAAGUUUGCACUCAUCUUCCCAGACCUGGUGGAGGGGCUGGUGCUGGUGAACAUCGACCCCAAUGGCAAAGGCUGGAUUGACUGGGCCGCCACAAAGCUCUCUGGCCUGACAAGCACUUUACCAGACACUGUGCUCUCCCAUCUCUUCAGUCAGGAGGAGCUGGUGAACAGCACAGAGCUGGUGCAAAGCUACCGCCAGCAGAUCGGGAACGUUGUGAACCAGGCCAACCUGCAGCUCUUCUGGAACAUGUACAACAGCCGCAGAGACCUGGACAUUAACCGGCCUGGGACGGUGCCCAAUGCCAAGACACUGCGCUGCCCUGUGAUGCUGGUGGUCGGGGACAAUGCGCCCGCUGAGGAUGGGGUGGUCGAAUGUAACUCCAAGCUGGACCCAACCACCACCACCUUCCUGAAGAUGGCAGAUUCCGGAGGGCUUCCCCAGGUCACACAGCCCGGAAAGCUGACGGAGGCCUUCAAAUACUUCCUUCAAGGCAUGGGCUACAUUGCGUACUUGAAGGACCGAAGGCUGAGUGGAGGAGCAGUGCCCUCGGCCAGCAUGACGCGUCUCGCCCGCUCUCGUACCGCGUCCCUCACCAGUGCCAGCUCGGUGGAUGGCAGCCGCCCACAGGCCUGCACCCAUUCAGACAGCAGCGAGGGGCUGGGUCAGGUCAACCACACCAUGGAGGUGUCAUGUUGAAGCCCAUGGUCCUGCUGAGGUCCCCCAUCUGCCCACCCACCCGCAUCGAGGUCCCACUGCCAUCCCUAUGCCGGCUCAUUUUCCCUUUAGUUUGUUUUGGGUAGGGCACGGGGUAGGAAACUGGGCUGCUUCUCUUCUGUAUAAAAACCGUAGGGGGCUCCAGUCCCUAGGAUGCAGC